GCUCUCUAGCCAGCGGUAGGAAGGAGGGUCGCCUGUAUCGUUUUCCCCCUCUAGGAAGGAGCACUCGUUGAUCGAGAUUCUCCCAUCCAGGUGUUCGAGAGAAAGCGGGGCGGAGCGAUUUGCAGCUGCUCUUGCCAGGCGCAGAAGGUCUGAAGCAGCCGAGCCCCAUUUCUCCCCUCCUGGAAACCGGGAAGUCGGGGCGGAGCGGCUCUCUAGGCCACCUCGGACUGCCUUGGGCUCCCCUCGAGCAGAAAACCCAUUCAGGCACAGAGAUCUCCAGGGAUGGAGGACUCCCUCAGCCCAGAGAUCCACCGCCGGCGCUUCCGCGGUCUCGAUCGCUGGGACCAGGAGGCCGAGGGGCCCCGGGAGCUUUGCAGCCGCCUGCACGGGCUGUGCCGUCAGUGGCUGCGGCCGGAAAGGAGCAGCAAAGGGGAGAUGCUGGACCUGGUGGUGCUGGAGCAGCUGCUGGCCGUGCUGCCCCCGGAGAUGGCCAGCUGGGUGAGGGAGUGCGGAGCCGAGAGCUGUUCCCAGGCGGUGGCCCUGGCCGAAGGCUUCCUGCUCAGCCAAGCCCAGAGGGAAGAGCCGGGAAAGGGGCAGCAGGUGAGGAAGGUGCAGGAGCCGUUCAUGAGGGUGAUCUCCACAGAGCUUCACGAAAGAGGAGAUCCGUCCAGCCCUUCUCAGGAGCUGCAUUUCAGGAAGAUCCAACUGGGGCCUCCUUGCCAGAGAUCUGGUCCAUUUGAGGAGGUGACUGUAGACUUCACGCUGGAGGAGUGGGAGCUGCUGGAUUCUGGUCAGAAGACCUUGUGCAGAGAAGUAAUGUGGGAAAUUUCGAAGAAUAUGGCUGCUCUGGGAGAUGAUGGGCUAGAAAAUGAGAAUAGCAAGCAAGCAAGAUUAAAAACAGAGAAGCGUGAAGUUAAAGAAGUGUUAUUUGGCCAUGAAGAGGACACAAGAAAUGAAGAGAGAAACCACUCAGAGAAUGGAGGGAAGAAGUCAUCCAUUUCUGUUCCUGUUGGCAUCCCUAGCUUCCUGUCCCAGCAAGACCUGGAAGGAAAGAAAAAGGGGAAAUAUGGGAUAAAAGAGAAAAAUCAAUUUGAUUUACAUGAAUGUGGCAAAAACCAGACUGGGGGGAAAAUGUAUGAAAUGUAUGAAAAAUAUGUCAGUCAUUCUUUCUCUCUUACUUUACUAAAGGAACUAUACAGCAAAAGCAAACCACAUACCUUUGUAAAAUCUGGAAGGGAUUCCAGUCGGAGCAGAGAGAUGAAACUAUGCAUGGAAUGUGGAAAGAGAUUCAUUAGCAAGAGUAAACUUAUUCUCCACCAAAGGAUCCACACUGGGGAGAGACCACAUAAAUGCAUGGAAUGUGGAAAAAGUUUUAUUCAGAAAGGGCAUCUUAAGUCUCACAACAAGAUCCACACAGGGGAGAGGCCAUAUAAAUGCACAGAGUGUGGAAAGAGCUUUUGUGAGAAGAAAGAAGUUACUCGCCACCAAAGGAUCCACACAGGAGAAAGACCAUAUAAAUGCCUGGAAUGUGGAAAGAGCUUUACACAGAAAGGACCCCUUAGUUCUCAUGAAAGGAUCCACACAGGGGAGAGGCCAUACCAAUGCAUGGAGUGUGGAAAGAGGUUUAUCCAGAAAGGACAACUUAGUUGUCAUGAAAGAAUCCACAGAGGGGAGAGACCAUAUAAAUGCACGGAAUGUGGGAAGGGCUUUACUCGCAAAGGAUAUCUCAUUUCUCAUGAAAGGAUGCACACAGGGGAGAGACCUUACAAAUGCAUGGAAUGUGGAAAAAGCUUUUAUGACAAGACAAGCGCUACUCGUCACCAAAGGGUCCAUGCAGGAGGGAACGUAUAGAUGCCUUGAGAGUGAAGAAAUCUUAACGACUACAGCACCUUUAGUUGCCAGAUUGUAUGCAGACAGGAAAAUUGGAAAUGCAUGAAAAGUGGAUCAAGCUUGACUGACUUUAGGUGCUCACUUCUCAUAAAAGGAUGCACACAGGAAAAACUGUACAAAUCAAUAGACUGAGCUUUAUUUGUAACAGCCAAUGUAUUGAUCAUCCAAAGAUCCAGACAUGGCAGGCAGCUUAUUAAUGCACAGAAUAUGCAAAGAUCUUUUUCUUGAGCUUGACUCUUAUUUACCAUCCAAGCAGCCACAUGCAAGCAAAGGGAUAAGCACUCAAAUGUAGAAAGAACUGAAGAUGGAUCAAUAGGCUAAUUUUACAUAGGAUGACCCAUUCAGGAGAGCCACCAUAGAGACGUAAAAGAGAAUGGCCGAGUUAGUGAAAAUGCACUAUUGUCUCACUCAUCUUACACUUUCUGCCUAUAUUCUCAGAUAUGGGGGAUGUAUGUAGAAUACCUUUGAAAGUUGCAUACCUUGGUAUCGUUUUAGUGCUGGGCCUGUGAUUACUCAGUGGUUCAGUCCCAAGUCAUCUCACGGUUGGACUAUUGUAAUACACUCUACGUAGGGUACCCUCGAAGAGCAUUCGGAGGCUACAGCUGGUGCAGAGUGCAAUGGCAUGAGCAGUUUUGGGAGCCCCCAUAAUGGCCUCUGUAACACUAUUAUUCUGCAAGCUACAUUGGUUGCCAGCCUGCUCCCAGGUGUAAUUUAAGGCAUUGGCGGUCAUCUUUAAAGCCCUUCAUGGUGUAGGUCCAGGUAACCUUGAGGUACCGUCUCAUCCCACUGGGAUUGACCUGUCCCCCUCAGGCCAGCAGAGGAGGCAUGCUGCGAGUCCCGUCAGCCUGAUUAUUCCGACUGGCAGGGUCCAGGAGGAGGGCCUACUCUGCUGUUGCUCCUGCUCUCUCGAACAUCUUGCCCCCCCCAAAACCUGCCCCCUCACCUUGAGGUUAGCCCCAAUCCUCCUUUCAUAAGAGCCUUAAAGAGGUGGCUCUGUCAGUUGCCCUGGGGCCCUAAUGGGGGAAAUUGAUUAAUUAACAACAGACCCCCAUUUUCCUCCCCCCCCAACAUGUCCCUGACUUUAAUCUUUGGUUUUAAUUUAUUCAGGAUUUAAUGUAGAUGUAUUCUUGUGUCUGUAAGCCACCCAGAGUUACCUUAUGGUAAGAUAGGGAGAGAGAAAAAGAGAAAGAAAAGG